UAUUGAUAAUGAGGAAUGAUCUUAACCUAUUUAUUCGUUAGUUUCAAUCAAUAAUCUUCACAAAAUUUUACGAACGAAUUGAUAAAAUGUCUAAUAAAUUUUUAUAUUUUGCAUAUGGAAGCAAUAUGUUAAUGAAAAGAAUACAUAUUAAUAAUCCAACUGCAAUACGAAAAGAUAUUGGUUUUUUAAAGAAUUUCAGACUAGAUUUUUUAACACAUUCAAAAAGAUGGGGUGGAUGCUCAGCAACAAUUGUACCCACGAAAGAUUAUGUUGUAUGGGGAGCAAUUUGGGAAUUAGAUGAAUGUAAUAUGUGUACUUUAGACAAUCAAGAAGGUGUUGCAGAUAAAUUAUACUUUCCAUUAGUAGUUGAUAUAGAAACAGUUACUGGUAAAAUAUUAAAAUGCAGAGUGUAUCAACAAUGCAAAAAUCCAGAUGAACAUAUAAAAUUACAUUUACUACCAAUACACAGAAGACCUUCACCAUUAUAUUUAGAAACAAUAAUAAAAGGUGCACAUGAAAGCCAUUUACCACAUGAUUAUAUUAAAUUCUUAGAAACAAUACCACCUAAUGGAUAUAUGGGAGAAUAUGAUAUUGGACUUCCUUUACAAGAAGUUUAGAUUCAAGAAUCUUACAAUUCUUUAAAUGUUUCUGGACAAGAGGAUCAUUCUCUAUUAAGUUAAGAGCUGUCUCAAGUGAUAAUUUUUCUAUUUCACAUUUGGGUAUUUUAAUUGUUUUAU